CCAUCACAAAUCAUUUCUUCAACCAUUUGACUUAAACUUUUUAAAUCAUUCAACAAACUUCCAUUAAUGUACAAAGCAACACCUCCACCAAAUUUCCACCUAUAACUUAACCCUAAACUUCUUUUAAAAACCCAAAUCAUCAAAUCCAAAAAUUCCCCAAAAAAAAAAAAAAAAAAAAUUUGAUGAUGGAGAACAAUUCUAAUUCAUCAUCAUCAAAUUUCAUAUCAGUUUAUUCAAGUUUACCAAACCCAUUUGAGAAAAGUGAAAAUGAUGGAAGUGGGACCCACAAGCCUUUAAGUUUAUGGCCUGGAAUUUAUCAUUCACCAGUAACAAUUGCUUUAUGGGAAACAAGAUCAAAGAUAUUUGAAAUAAUGUAUGAUCCAUUAGUUGAUCAUCCUCCACAAACCCAUUUGCUUACUAAGACUCCUUCUCAAUCUAGAAUGACUAUUCUUUAUAAUUUCUCAUCUGAUUUUAUCCUUAGAGAACAGUAUAGGGAUCCUUGGAAUGAAAUUAGGAUUGGGAAGUUGCUUGAAGAUCUUGAUGCUCUUGCUGGUACUAUCUCUGUUAAGCAUUGUUCUGACGAUGACUUCACUACAAGGCCGUUGUUGCUGGUCACUGCUUCUGUCAACAGGAUUGUGUUGAAGAAACCGAUCAGUGUAGACAGCGAUUUGAGAAUCUCUGGCUCGGUCAUAUGGGUAGGAUGGUCCUCAAUCGAGAUUCAGCUUGACGUUAGUCAGGCCUCUGAAGGCUCUGCUGGUUCAGAUUCAGUUGCUCUUACAGCUAACUUCAUCUUUGUGGCUCGAGACUCAAAGACCCGGAAAGCUGCUCCAGUUAACAGGCUCUCGCCUGAAACAGAAACGGAAAAAAGCCUGUUCCAAGACGCGGAAACUAGAAGCAAAUUCAGGAAAACAAAACGAGAACAAAGACUAAAGGAUUGUGCCAAGGGUGAAGUAGAUGAUCGAUUAGCAGCCCUUUUAUCGGAGGGGCGAAUAUUUUGUGAUAUGCCAGCGCUAGCUGAUCGAAACAGCAUUCUUUUGAGGGAUACGCGACUUGCAAACUCGUUGAUAUGUCAGCCACAACAGAGAAACAUUCAUGGUAGGAUCUUUGGAGGCUUUCUGAUGCACAGAGCAUUUGAGCUUGCUUUCUCUACUGCUUAUGCAUUUGCUGGUGUGAGGCCGUCCUUUCUAGAAGUUGAUCAUGUCGACUUUUUGAAACCCGUUGAUGUUGGUGAUUUUUUGCGUUUUAAAUCAUGUGUUCUCUUCACGGAACUAGAAGAUCCAGAACAUCCUUUGAUAAAUGUGGAGGUUGAAGCUCAUGUUACAAGGCCUGAAUUGAGGUCAAGUGAGGUAUCCAACACAUUCUACUUCACAUUCACAAUAUGUCGAGAAGCAAAAGCCGAGAAAAAUAAGAUCGUUAUAUACAAUGUCGUAGCAGCUACCGAAGAAGAAGCACGCCAUAUCUUAGAUCGAAAGGACACCAAAGCUUAGCAAUGCAAGGUAAUAAGAUUGUUAUCAAAUGAGUUGAGUUUGCCAUUAUUGUUUGAGGAGCUCUUGUUGGAACAAUCAUAAGUUUAUGUUACAUUAUACGUAAAAAGCUCUCACUCUGAUUUACGUAAUACAUAAAUUCAAAGAGAUAGAGCUUUUGAUAUAAUUUAUAAUUCAUAUGUACAUGCAAAAACAAAUAUAGUUCUAACAAAUCCAUUUUCUUUUGCCCUUUAUUGAUUUAUUGAUAAGGUUACAAUGUAUGUCAAUUGUAUGUAGUUUGUCCAUUCCACUAAAUUUGUAUAUAGUUGCAUUUGAUCA